AUGGCCACCGUUGAGACAAGUCCCAAGGUCAUCCACACUCCUCCGGGACCCGAGGUGAAGCGUCCUCGAGGCAUCCUCAAACACUCGUUCCAGAAGUCACCGCCCGUAUCGCCGACACAGGAACAUGAUAUGGAGGAGAAGGAUCUCACGAUUGUCAACACCCAAGCGAAUGCUGGCCACCGCCGAUCUUCAAGUGCCGCCAGCCGCCCUGCCGGCUCCCGUCGCCAGUCAACACGCGCCCCGUCGCAAGGACCCGAGGAUGAUCUCAACAAUAGUCAGCGCCUGCAGUGGGAUGAGGCCAAUCUCUACCUGACCGAGCAGGAGCGCACGUCAACCAUGAAGAUCACCGAGCCCAAGACACCAUAUGCCAGACAUUACGAGCCCUCGGAAGAUGAGGACGACGAGAUGCUCGACGGAGAAGCGACCCAGCGAGAAGAGAUCCCGGGCCUCUCACUUGGCGAGCCCGAGGAGGAGGUUCCCGAGGACGGCUUCGACUGGACUCGGAAGCAGAGCAAGGUUCAGGUUAACGACGAGGAUGCGACGCCGCUGCAUGAUGCCGAGAAGGAGCUCCUCGGCAUGACCCCUGAAGAGCGCGAGAAACACCGCAAGUUUGAGCUACUACGGAAGAAGCAUUACGAGAUGAAGGACGUUGCCAAGUUCCUCGGCCACCCUGAAGAGCUUGACGAGUUAGAAGAGGAGGACGAUGCGGCGCCCCCGGUGCCUACCAUCAAUGGUGCCAAGGUCGGUGCUGGGGACUAG